AAUCUCAAGUCAGUCCAGCCAGUCCGCGGCUGCACUGUCUGUCAUUCGUUCAAUCAGGGCGCUUGCCUUAUUACAUAUUAUUCAAUACCUAGUAACUACCACUUUGUGUUGAUAAAAUGGUUUACUUAACGUGUUUCUGUGCCAUGGGAUUGAAAGUGAUGUGAGCAAUACUAUGUUGAUAAUCAAUCAGUGAUUAUUGUCCGGGAUAACACAUUGCGUUCUUACAUUAAUAUGGUAUAAACAAGUGUGCAUAGUGCAGUGUCUAUUGCAAUGAGUUCGUCUGACGGAGCGGGCACGCGACUCGGCAUGCAGGCGGCUAUAUCAGGUCAGAUAGGUAUCGGGAGCCCGGAAUUCGGGAUGGCCGUGAGCGUGCCGCCGCCGCCGCAGAUGACCUUCGACUUGCACGCCGUGAGCUGCGGCGACUCCUCCUCGGAGUCGCGCUCGCCGGACCUGCCGCCGGCUAAGGCGAGCGAUCGCGAGUCGCGCAUCAUAGCGGAGAAGCAGCGCCGGAGCCAAUACAACUCCCAAAUCCAAGUGAUGACGUCCUUGUUGACGGACAUCGUGCACUCGCAGCGCAAGGUGGACAAGACGAGCGUGCUGCGCCUCGCCGCCAAUAAGCUGCGUAACGAGCAUGUGUUCGGCGACACUAUUACCUGCGGCCAUGUCGAAACUUGGUCUCCCGCCUUCCUAAAAUUUUUUGAUCUCCUAGGCGGCUUCAUGAUAUCAGUCACGUGCCGCGGCCGUAUUUUUAACGUCUCACCUAACGUACAAGAGAAACUAGGCUAUUGUCAUGUUGACCUGUUGGGCCAAGAUAUUUACAAUUAUAUACAUCCUGAAGAUACAGCCGUUCUACGUCAGCACAUCUAUCCUCCUGAACUUCAGAAGGGUUGUGACAACUCAUUCAUAGAGCAACGCCAUAAUUUUACAAUUCGGAUAGUAAGGGCUGGUGCUAGGUCUGAUCCGCCCAGGUAUGAGCGGUGCCGACUAGAUGGUACACUCAGACGUGCGGACAGAGCCACUGCAGUGGGGGUCCAGGAUGAGCAGAUUAUUAGAAGGCAAAGAGUCAGGCACAACCGCACUUUCUCAUCGAGUGGAAAUGAUUUUGUAUUUAUUGGCAUGGUACAUAUUGUGACAAACAACAUGCCGCCUCGCAUCAUGUUGCCCACAGCCUACUCAGAAUACUGGACCAGGCACCUGAUAGACGGGCGCAUAGUGCAAUGUGAUCAGAGCAUAUCCCUGGUGGCUGGGUACUUGACGGAGGAAGUUACAGGCACAUCUGCCUUCUUUUUCAUGCACAAAGAUGAUGUGAGAUGGGUAAUUUGUGUUCUGCGACAGAUGUAUGAUCAAAGUCGGGAAUUUGGUGAGUCCUAUUACAGACUGAUGUCUCGCACUGGCCAAUUCAUGUACAUGAGAACUAGAGGUUUUUUAGAAAUAGAUAGGGACACAAAGAAAGUACAAAGCUUCGUAUGCGUUAACAGUGUAAUAGGGGAUGACUAUGGUCGUAGAAUGAUGGAGGAGAUGAAACGAAAGUACUCUGUGAUAGUGGAUAUGAGCCAGGAGCAAAAUGAAAAGGUCACAGUUGGUGAUGAUGCACCAGUGGAGCACCCAAAAAAGCUAGAGCGUAUUGUAAUGCACUUAGUAGAACCUUCUGCAAUUGAAGGCUCAGAAGAGCUAAAGUUGGUGCCUCCUUCGAAGGAGAACAUUAUUUCUGCCAUUAAGAAUAGUGAAAAGAUAGUUGAAGAGACAGGUGUGAGGUUUGACUGUCGAAAACGAAAAAUGAAUUCUUUCCAAAGUGAUGCUUUAAAAAGGCACAGUGGACUUAUGGAAUAAUCUGAUCUGUUUAUAGACAUUCACAGAUGUAAGUUAACUAUUUAGGGACAUUCCUUGUGGGGA